AUGAGCGUAGCCGGCAAGCAUCAACCUGAUCUUUUAGAGCGACCAGCCAGCCUUUUAGUACCAACAUGGACAAAAACGGGGCUCGCCCUGCUGUAUGACGAAAACACCAGUAACACUUAUGAUAUUCGCCUGAAGUUAACAAAAGAGAUGUUAACCAUACAAAAACAAGACGUGGUCUGCAUAAGUGGAGUUGAACCCCACUUAAAUCACAGAACUGUUGUACUCCGAAGACAAGUGACUGGAGGCCUCGGUCUUAGCAUCAAAGGGGGAGCUGAACAUAAAGUGCCUGUGGUCAUUUCGAAGAUUUUCAAAGAUCAAGUAGCGGAUCAAACAGGGAUGCUGUUUAUCGGUGAUGCAGUGUUACAGGUGAAUGGCAUUAAUGUGGAAAACUGCACACAUGAAGAAGUGGUACAUCUUUUGCGAAAUGCCGGAGAGGAAGUUACCAUCACUGUAAGGUACCUCAGGGAAGCACCCGCCUUUUUAAAGCUCCCAUUAGGUUCACCAGGACCAUCCAGUGAUCAAAGUAGCAGAGCAUCGUCCCCACUAUUUGAUAGUGGUUUACAUUUAAAUGGGAACUCCAGCAACACAGCCCCGUCCUCACCCUCCUCACCCUCGGCUAAUGAACCAAAGUACGAGAAGCGCUGGCUGGAUGCCGUUUUCCUCCCCCUGUCCAUGGCCCGAAUCUCUAGACGCAAAGCUGGAACCGAUAAAUUAAGGUCCAACAGUUUUGAAGUCUUUGCCUUAGAUGGAACAUGCACCAAUAUUCUGCAAUUUUGCACUGCAGCAGAAAGCACAGAUUGGCUUCAAGCAAUAUCAACCAACAUUAAUGAUUUGACACAGGAGAGCAUCAAAAUGACCAACAAAUACUCUUCGCCUGAUGAUCAGAUCAUCCACAUGGGUUGGGUCUAUGAGCACCUUCAGGGGAGUGAUGCCAACCUUACACACAAAUACAAGUUCCUGGCAUUGAAAGGAUCCUCCCUGUACAUCCUCAAAGGCCCUCCGGUCAGUGCGGCAGACUGGGCUCAUGCUGAGGCAGUAUUUAACCUCUGUGAGGUUCUCUUUAAGGUUCAUAAGCUGUGGAUAGCAGAGGACUGUUGGAUCCAGACAAAGCUGUACCAGGGACUACAGCAGGAGGGCGAGUUGCGGGACAGCGAACCUUUCUGCUUCAGUGUGUUGGUGGGUCAUGGACAGAGUCACUGCUUCAGUGUGGAGCUUGGGACUGAGCUGGUACUCUGGGAGAAGGCCUUCCAGAAGGCUGUCUUCAUGGAGGUCCAGAGAGUAGGGUCAAAAACCUACAUGUGCAGCAACCAAGGAAAAAUACUGUGCUUCACGAUUGAUUUCGCAUCUGGUUUUUCUUGUGCUGAAAGUGUUUCAAAGAAAAUCAUUUGGAGAUACAAGUUCUCACAACUGAAAGGCUCUUCUGAUGAUGGGAAGACAAGAGUGAAACUAUUAUUUAAAAACUCUGAAAAUAAACAGAUUGAGAUGAAGGAGCUGGAAUUUGCCAACCUGACAGCUGUACUUCACUGUAUUCACUCUUUCAUUGCUGCCAAAGUAGCCUCCGUGGACCCUGUUUUUGUGACCAAUCAAAGUAUCACGCGAAAAUACAUGUACAAUAGCUAG